AUGGAAACUUUAAAAGAAGAUGCAAUCCACCAUACAGCUAUGAAAUUGGCCGAAGAAUUAAAAAGCUUGUCCAUUUACAAAUCAUUUUAUAGCGAUGUUCAAAAAUUAGUUUCGUCACCGAACGUAAAGAAAGAGGAUUUCAAACAGACACUUCAACAGGCAAUGAAAGAAAAGGGCUUGGAUACAAAAUUACGAAAUACAGUUUUCCAUUGGGUACGAUCACAGAAUAAGCAAAAUAAACUCGAUCCCUUAACAUCAUUAUCAAAAGCAAGUGCGCAAUGGGAGAAAAGAAUUCACAAAUCACUAAAUUCGAUGUGUUCGGAUUUAGAAACGUCUUUAGCGAAGGUGAGAUCACAGAGCGAGCAAGAAGAACUCUCGGCUAAGUGGAGCGAGCUUAGUACAUACAAUUUAGAUCUAUCAAAAUACAGACCUGUGUAUGCACCAAAGGAUUUUUUAGAAGUUUUAUUGACGCUAUCAGGCUAUGUUCCUUUUACUAAAGAAGGUGAACCUAAGUGGGAAUUUGCUCAUCUGCCCCUUCAAGUUAAGAAUUUAGAUCAAUUGCGUAAAAUAUACCUGGAAUGGACAAACGGUGAACCCUUGUUAGGUGUCAAUCCGAAUAUGCCCAGUGCAGUCUCUGGAUUUUCAACAAUAGAAGCGGAGAGAAUAGGUUUAGGUGAAAGGGUCACGGGGUUGGGCUACGCGCCAGUUAUACAAGAGUACUUGAAGAAGGGCAGCCCCCAGUGCUUGAGGGCGAAGCUUUGGGCUCAAGUACUUGGUGCUGAUGUUGGUGCACAGCAAACUGCGUACUUCAAUAGACUAAAAAAGAGUGUACUAGAAGUGGAUCUGAUGAUAGACAAGUUGAUAUUUAAAGACGUCCAGCUUACUGCCUCCAACGAUGACCAAUAUUUUGUUUUUGAAGAUUUAUUGUAUCAGGUUAUGCUCUGUUUCUCGAGAGAUAGUGAUGUCCUUCAGAAUCUAAAAGGUUGUAUCGGUAAUCCUCUAAAUGUCACGAUCAAAGGUAAACAGACAUCUGCUGACAGUAUCACAGUUUUCCCGCCAAGUGGAAUUAUACCUUUUCAUGGCUUCACUAUGUACGCGACGCCAUUCUGUUAUCUAUAUGACGAUCCUGUGCAAUUGUAUUUUAUUUUUCGAGCGUUUUAUAUUCGCUAUUGGCACAAAUUGCAUUAUAUUUCUACACAUCCGCAGGGUAUUGUGUCACUUUGCUUACUGUAUGAGAGGUUAUUAGAAGCAAACGAACCGUUAUUAUGGAUUCAUUUUCGGAAUAUUAAUAUCAAUCCAAUACGUGUAGUUUUCAAAUGGAUAAUGCGGGCAUUCAGCGGUCACUUACCGCCUGAUCAACUUUUGCUGUUAUGGGAUACCAUUUUAGGCUACGAUUGUUUGGAAAUUCUACCAUUAUUGGCGGUGGCAAUACUGAGUUUUAGAAAGGAGAAUAUUUUUCAAGUGAACACCAUACAAAAUGUUGACGCUGUUUUAGCAGACCUGUCUACCAUUUCCGUCAUUCCUCUGUUGCAAUUGACUUUGAUGAAGCCUCAAUAA